UUGGACAGAGCACAGGCAGGCGUCUCCUAAACCUUGCUUCCAAAUCACGAUCUGAAUUCCGAGUCGACACAGAAAUGGCAACUGGAACAGCUCCACCAAGAGGAAGUGCGGCAGCGGCGGCAAGUCUGCGCAGGAGGAGAACAACAAGCGGUGGGAGUGCCUCAGGAGGUGCUGCUGGGACUAUGCUUCAGUUUUACACAGAUGAUGCUCCGGGACUGAAGAUCUCUCCAAAUGUGGUGCUUGUCAUGAGCAUCGGUUUCAUUGCUUUUGUUGCCAUUCUCCAUGUUAUGGGAAAGUUAUAUUUUGUUCGUAAGGAUUAGGAAGUCUUCCAAGUUUGUAUUUA